AUGAAUAAUGAUAACAAUGUCAUCUUAGAUUUGUAUUAUGAAAUUAUCACUCUACUUCCUAAUUUUAAAAUUAGUGACCAAGAUCACUAUUUAAUAAAUGUAAUGCAAUUAUUUCUAAAACUAACCGUUUCAAUUUUGUAGAUAAAAACCGUGUUCAGUAUAAGCAAACUAAAAGAAUGGGGUUCCAUCAAGAGACAACUCACUGAAUAACAGAACUAAUUCAUCAAGAAUUUAAUUACUUAGAUAGUCCAAAUUAAUCAAUACAGUAUUAAGUAGGUGCCCCAAUCAAAAUUAUGGAAUCAGCAAUAGAUUUAUCAUGACUAGUACAUGUCGGAGUAUAACAACAAAUUGAUUGAGAAUCAAGUUAUUAACAACACUUUGAGAAAACAACUAAAUUAGAUACACAACAAGCAGAAUACAAGGUUGUCUCUCAUUAUUAGGAUUAUUCAAUGCUUCUAUUACAAUGAUGUUGAAGAAUUAAUUGGUCUAAUGCAAUCGAUUCAAGGGGAAACAGAUGUGGACAUCUAUUUAUCCAAACUCAUACUUGAUUGCGAUUGCAUCAACCUAAUACUGUUCCCUAGUUUGUUCAAUCCCAAAUUUGUUCUUAAAUCAAUCACAAACCUACUUUAAUUUAAGUGUCCUGGCUAAUUCUAUUUAUUAUAUACAAAGUAAGUGUGCUAAAUUAGAAAUAUCGAUAUAUUGAUCGAAUUAUUGACCAAAAUGCAUAACACUAUGAAUUCGGAUGUUGUUAUUAAAUUAUGGGAUGUACUCGGAGCUAUUGCUAAGAGUACUGUCUUAAAAGAAUGUAAAGAAGGUCUUCAAUUUGUAAUAAGAUUAUAUUCGAAUUCUCAUCAAGCCACAAUAUUACAUAAUAUAUAAUAAGUAUAAAAAAAUUUAGCAAUCCCAAUCUGA